AUGAGUUCCAUACUAUACAAGGCAUUACCAAGUGCAAGAAUACCGCUCGUUAGAUACUCUGCCAGAUCUAAAAGACUUAAUAAAGCUGAAGUUCAAUUAUUAAAAGAUUUCCCAAAUGUUGGUGUUAAAGGUCAAAUUGUUAAAGUUUCACAUUCAUUAAUGAGAAAUACUCUACAUCGUUAUAAUGGUGCUGCAUAUAUUUUACCAAAUCAAGGUCCAAGAAUCCCAGUGGUGAAACCAAAGAGAAAUAAUCUAACGUUCUCCAAUACAAAUGUUGAAACUCAAGUUAAAGUUGAAAAACCAAAACCAAUAGAAAUUAAACCAGAAAUUAAACAACAACCAAAACAACAAAGUAAACCAGAAAUUAAAAUCCCAGGGUUAUUACUUAACAUUCCAACUAAUUCUCAAUCAACUCCAAAGACAAAUAUUUCACCAUCAGAUUCAUUAUCAUUAUUUAAAUUAUCUCGUGAAUUAUCAACUUCUUUAACAAUUAAUAAACCAGGUUUAAAUGAUACAAACUUAUCUGAAGCUUUAACCAAAAAAGAUAUUGUUUCUUUCAUUAAUUCAUCUGUUACUUCUAAAAUUCAAGAAUCAAAUUUAGAGAUCAAAUCUAAUUCAAAUGAAACUAUUAAUAAAAUUGAACUUUUUGAUGAUUAUAACUUAUUAAUUUGGAAAGAUGAAGAAAAUAUAGCUAUUAACUUGACUGUUAGUCCAGCUUAA